AUGGUUCCAAGGGGCGAUGGAGUGUUGAAUGCAGGCCAUCGAACCUCCCAGACCACCAGCGUGACUGGAUCGCUCUUCCGUCCUUCCGUCCUUCCGUCCUUCCCACGCCUUCUACACCGCGAGUUGGGUCUUUCCACACGCAACUUUAUUCCCCACCGCGUGAGAGCCUGGGUGAAAGAACCGGGAUUCUGGGAAGAGUCUGGAAGUGAGGCGAUGAGGGAGGGGUGCUCUGGCCAACCAUUUGCCCAAGGCACCUUCGCACGGGCCUGGGAUGUCGAGACCCUGGCAGCAGAGAUGGAGAUUGAUUGGGUGAAGAAAGGGAAGGGCCACGCACAGCCCAGGAGCGGCCUGUGUGACUUGGUGUCUGUUUUUGACUCUGUGACUCUUGGUCUGACUCUUGGUCUGACAUUGGGGGUUGGUCCAGUUGGAGUCUACCGCCAAGGCAAAGAAAAGGUUGUGGUUGUGGUUGCCCGGUGA